AUGCCCGACAUUGUGCAGCAGUGUCUGGUCGCCAUAGCAUCGCCUGCUCAAGACGACGCCGCGACCAUGGAGCGUCUACCAGUCAAAGCCAUCGAUUUUGAUGAGCGAUUUGCCAUGCUACGGUACUACAAUGACAACAGUAGCAGCCUCAUCGAGGACUUGAUCACUUACUGCAAGCGGCGCGAGGCGUCAUUUAUGAUGGAGGAGAGCCAGCUGCGCAAAGAUCUGCACGAUGCCGAGCUCGACCUGAAGCAUGCCACCAAGUCACGGCGCGACCUCCAGGAGGAACUCCGACUGCGCGAUGUAGCCAUCGAAGAGCUGCAGAAGAGCAAUGAUAUAUUAAAGGUGCGAACGGCUGGCGACGCCCACACGACUUUCAAAGAAGAAUUUAUCAAGCAAGGCAUCGAGGGCGGCAAGAAGGCGGCCUCGGCGCUGCGUGCGGCCAUUGCGUCGGUAGCCAAGCGAAAUAUCAACGACCAGCCCGACAAUAUUGAGGUGGUGGCCACGGUGUACGCAAAUCUGGCCGGGCUGGCGGGCGCGAUGCGGCGGGCGGGCUGGCUGGCCAGCACGGACCUGAUGCGGGACUUUACACAGGGAUUUACGCAGACAAAGGCCUCGUUUGACUUUAUCGACGUCGGUUACGGCAAGGAGAGGGCCGACUCCAAAAUUAGAGGCAAGCAUGGAGCUGCAAGCUGGCAUCUUAAGAACCCCAACUGCAAGAUGUUGGCGCUGGGCAUAUCGCACGACUCGGGCUAUGCGCCGUUCCUCGACGAGAUUAUCAGCGUGGGCCAGACGCGCGACCGGAUCGUCAUCCUGGAAGGCUCGCCGACGGUGCCAGAGCUGGUGGCGGCCAAGGUGGCGAUCCACAAGCUGACCGCCACGGUCUUCCAUAAUGAGAAGCUGGUAGCGAUAGAGCGAACGGUGGCUACGAGCGUGCAGAGACCGGCAGCCGCAGCUGCAGUAUCGGUCGAGCAAGGCCGACGGGACAGUUCGUCGUCUUCGUCGGCAGCCCAGGCGACACCGCAAUCGACACCACCGGCACCGGCUACAAUUCCGACAACAGUGCCGCCUUCUUACACGACCAGGACGACGGCGACACCCAAGGCAUCGCCGCCACCGAAGCUGGUGUUCCCGUCGCAGACAGCGAAGCAGCUGCAGCAGCGCGAGGCAGCAGCAGCGGCGACGGCAAUGGCAGCCAAACGACAGGCACAGGCGCAGUGGAAUCCGGGGCCGCGUGGGCUGGACUCGCCGAUUACAUACAGCAUGGCGGUGGUGGAGUCGGUGCGGAUGCGACCACACAAGCUGUGCAACAAGUUUGUGCUGCUGCGGUGGUGUCCCAAGGGCGACAGCUGUCCGUACGUGCACCCGACCAAGCCGUCGGCUGACGAGGUGGCGGCGCUGACGUACAUGAGCCGUGUCAGCCCGUGUACCAGCGGCCAGGACUGCGAUGUGGACGACUGCAUCUACGGGCAUCACUGUCCGAGCGUGCAAGACGGUUACUGCAUGCACCCUUACUGCAAGUUUGAGGAACACGAGCAUCCGCCUCAUACAAAGUUUCGCAGCUACAGCAGCCGCGAUUAA